CAUCUUUCUUCAACAUCGUUCCGGUCCGGACCGCAAUAGAUGUACGUUUGAUUCUUUAAAACGCAAUGUCUGGUUGUUUUUCGAUAUUUUGGUGAUCAAGAGAUUGAAUUAGCCAUUUACAUUUGGAAGCACUACGUUUCGUACCCUCCCUGAAGCUUAAGCUGUACUAAGCAUUUUCAUUCAGGCUACGGCCGCAGGAGCAAGGGAAAAGAGAGAGACCUCUUUUUUUCUUGAGAAUAAGCUGAAUUAGCCUUAAAAUUAUUCAAGAUAGGCUAUUUGUCCAUUUCAAGAUAAAGGGAUCUCGAAGAAAACAAAAACUGUUCUUCAGCUUUGGAGGAAUUGGACAAACAUUUGUCUUCACAGAAAAGUAACGAAUUAUUUCCAACUGUUUGGAUGCAUUUUACUAGACAACGAUUCAUUGUCCCCCACAACGGGUAGACUAUUGCAAGGAUGUACAAAAAUAGGAAAUUAUUUUUGAAAUGGCCAUUGAGUGAGUAGCCUUGCGGAUACGCGCAUAUAGCAGAAUUCAGGAGGCAACCCGGGAAAGCGCAGUUCGACAGAAGUGGAGAUUGCAUUGCACAAACGGCUGCCGUUUUUUUACUUACCGAUAAAACCAACUGACUCGGCUACACCUGUUCCAUGAGGAGAAAUAAUAAAAGAGAUAUAUGGACAAAGACUGCUAGAAACCGCAAAAACGUCGAUUGUUAUCAAAGAGCCAGCAACAGGAAGUUCCAGCCUUACCCAGCCUGAGCCGUGGCGAGGGUGGGGUCUGGGAUGUGGAGAGCCACAUAGGUGCCACUGUACACGGGAGCCUCACCUCAACGCUGUCUGCCUCCUGUGGUGCUUCAAGAUGGAUUAGAGCCUAAGCCUCCGGAGAUCAAAAGGGUGGCUGUGACAGGGCAGGACCCCCAGGGCAGGAUCCCCAGGGCAGGAGCCCCAGGGCAGGACCCCCAGGGCAGGACCCCCAGGGCAGGACCCCCAGGGCAGGACCCAUGAGGAGUCAUAGAAGAUGCUCGCAGCCUGGGCGCUUCUGCUCUUCUUAGCCAUGUGGGUGAGAAGCACCUCUGCUGGACCGCUCUCCUUCAGAAUAGCCGCCAUUCUUGACGACCCUAUGGAGUGCAGUCGAGGAGAGCGACUGGCCAUCACCCUGGCGAAGGACAGCAUCAACCGAUCUAGUAACCGCUCCACGACGGGGAAGCUGGAGGUGGACAUCUUUGAGCUGCUCAGAGACAGUGAAUAUGAAAUGGGAGAGACCAUGUGCCAGAUCCUUUCCAAGGGAGUGGUAGCUGUCCUGGGUCCCUCUGCCAGCCCUGCUUCCAACUCCAUCAUUAGUAAUAUCUGUGGCGAGAAAGAGGUGCCCUAUGUGAAAGUAGCCCCUGAGGACAUUCUGAAGGUCCAGUUCCCCCGCUUCACCACCCUGGACCUGCGCCCCACCAACACGGACAUCAGUCUGGCCGUGACAGGCCUGCUGUCCUUCUUCAACAGCACCACCGCCUGCCUCAUCUGUUCUCGGGCCGACUGCUUAUUAAAUCUCGAGAGACUGCUACGCCAGUUCCUCAUUUCCAAGGAAACCCUGUCGGUUCGCAUGCUGGAUGACAGCCAGGAUCCUACACCCCUUCUCAAGGAGAUUCGUGAUGACAAGACUGCCACCAUCAUUGUGGAUGCUAAUGCAACAAUGUCCCACAUCAUUUUGGAAAGGGCGUCGGAGCUGGGCAUGCUGUCCUUAUACUACACCUACAUCUUCACCUCACUGGAGUUCUCUCUGCUGCGAUUGGACGACGUCCCCAGUGAGCGGGUCAACAUUCUGGGCUUUUCCGUCUUCAACCGAACACAUCCGUUCUUCCAGGAUUUCGUCCUCAGCCUCAACCGUUCAUGGCAGGAAAACUGUGACCACGCCCCCUUUGCUGGCACACCGCUCUCGUCGGCGCUGCUUUUUGACGCGGUGCACGCAGUGGUGGCGGCAGUCCAGGAGCUCAACCGCAGCCAGAACGUGGGCGCCACCCAGCUCUCCUGCAAGACCUCCAAGAUCUGGGAGCAUGGUACCAGCCUCAUGAACUACCUGAGGAUGGUAGAGUUGGAAGGUCUAACGGGCCACAUUGAGUUCAACAGCAAAGGCCAGCGCUCCAACUAUGCCCUGAGGAUCAUGCAGAACAGUAGAGAUGGCCUAAGGCAGAUUGGCCAGUGGCACUCGGAGCAAGGCCUGUCCAUGGAGAGGAAGCUUCCAUCGAUCAACGUGACAGACACUCUCUUCAACACCACUCUCAGCAUCACCACAAUCCUGGAGAACCCUUACGUGAUGUUACGACCAAACCACCAGGAGAGGGAAGGGAAUGACCGCUACGAGGGCUUCUGCGUGGACAUGCUGAAGGAGCUGGCGGACAUCUUGAAGUUCAAAUACCGCAUCAAUCUGGUGGCGGACGGCGUGUACGGGGUCUCCGGGACGAACGGCACCUGGACGGGCAUGGUGGGAGAGCUCAUCUCCAGGAAAGCCGAUCUAGCCGUUGCUGGGCUCACUAUCACAGCAGAGAGGGAGAAGGUCAUCGAUUUCUCCAAGCCUUUCAUGACCCUGGGAAUCAGUAUCAUGUACCGUGUGCACCUGGGCCGGAGACCUGGGUACUUUUCCUUCCUAGACCCCUUCUCUCCUGGGGUGUGGCUGUUCAUGCUGUUGGCCUACCUGGCUGUCAGCUGUGUGCUCUUUCUGGUAGCCAGGCUCACACCCUACGAGUGGUACAAUCCCCACCCCUGCCUGAAGGGGCGCUGUAACCUCCUCAUCAACCAGUAUUCGUUGGGCAACAGCUUCUGGUUCCCCGUGGGGGGGUUCAUGCAGCAGGGUUCCACCAUCGCCCCACGAGCCCUCUCCACGCGCUGCGUCAGUGGAGUAUGGUGGGCAUUCACCCUGAUCAUCAUCUCAUCUUACACGGCCAACCUGGCUGCCUUCCUCACGGUCCAGAGGAUGGAGGUGCCCAUUGAGUCGGUGGACGACCUGGCCGACCAGACGGCCAUCGAGUACGGCACCAUGCAUGGCGGUUCAACCAUGACCUUCUUCCAGAACUCACGCUACCAGACAUACCAGCGCAUGUGGAACUUCAUGCACUCCAAGCAGCCCAGUGUGUUUGUGAAGAGCACCGAGGAGGGCAUCGCCCGAGUGGUCAACUCCAACUAUGCGUACCUGCUGGAGAGCACCAUGAACGAGUACUACCGCCAACGCAACUGUAACCUCACCCAGAUCGGAGGUCUUCUGGACACCAAGGGCUACGGCAUUGGGAUGCCUGUGGGGUCAGUGUACCGGGAUGAGUUUGACCUUGCCAUCCUCAAGCUGCAGGAAGACAACCGACUGGAGAUCCUAAAGAGGAAAUGGUGGGAUGGUGGCAAGUGUCCAAAGGAGGAGGAUCACCGUGCCAAAGGGCUUGGCAUGGAGAACAUCGGCGGUAUCUUUGUGGUGCUGGUGUGUGGCCUCCUGGUGGCCAUCUUCAUGGCGGUGCUAGAGUUUGUGUGGUUUCUGCGGCAGAGGCCUGGAACAGAGCUGUCGGUGUGUGAGGAGAUGCUCCGGGAGCUCCAGGGCAUAGUCCUGUGCCGGGACAGCCUGCAGCUGAGGCGCCGGCGGGGGGCAUCCAUGCUCCGCCCUCGCCCCCUGCCCCUGGAGGAGCGCAGGGCGCGGCCCAGCCUCAGCAACGGGAAGCUGUGCGGCGCGGCCACUGGCCUGCCACUCUCCGAGCCGCUCUCCCACAGACUGGCUCAGGACGCGGCCCUGGUGGCGAGGGGCUGCAGCCACAUCAGGAUCUGCCCCGAGUGCCGGCGCUUCCAGGGGCUGCGUGCCGUGCGUCCCGGGGGGGGCCCGAGCCACGCCGCCUCGCCCGCGCGCAGUGAAGAGAGCAUAGAUUGGGAGAAAACAACCAAUAGCAGCGAACCUGAAUAAUAAUGACCCCCCCCUCCCCCCCCGACCUACACCUUCCCUUGACCUACCUAGACCAAUGUACUACAGUACCUAGCAGCAACCGCUACACCGGGGCAACAGGGAGCAUCAUGGGAAAGGUCAUGUGGUACUGUGACGAGAGCGACUUUGUUCCUGUUACAUUUGUUUUAGGAUGGACGGAAGGACGUUUUCGGGACAUCCGCCUGGAAGUUGUCUUUGACUUGUGAAGAUCUGGACAGAUUGCCUGGGUUUAGUGGUGGGACUCCUUUUAAACCGACAGAGGAGGACAGUGAAAGGGGACAUGGCUUCUCUGUAUGGGAUCUACAUGACUCCAUACCCUGUCUAGGACACAAAGGACACAGGUUAGGGUGGCAUUUGUACUAUGCAGUCUUUUGUCUCAGUGUGCUGAUUGUUGAUUUCUUUUUAAUUUAUUUCUCCCUUAGUUGUGUUCUUAAAGUUGAAGAUACUGUUAGUAUUUUGUUGUUCUCUGAGACAAUGCAAUAUUUGCUGUUCUCAGGAACAGUGGACAUUGAUGCCUCUUCAGGGCUGCAUACAGAACACAUAGACAAUAUAACAUUAUUCUUCAAAUAUUAUUUUUUGUUUUGUUGAGUGCCAAAAAAAACAACGAACUUGAGCGACGGGAAGAAUGAAGCCCUUGACCACGAAAACAACAAAAACAAAAAUAAAGCGAUGAUACUCCAUACGAAAACAUGUUUUAACUGUAUUUCGGGAAGACAUGGACGCAUGUCAGCAGGUGUGACGCUAAGGCUUGAGAGGGAAGGAUGGGUUUCCUGAACAAACCCUUUGAGACAUCAGGAACCACUGUGUAAUCAGAAGUAUUCCUCGUUCGUUCCUGUUCCUCAUUGUGAGAUCUUGUUUUGAUAUAGCCCCCCACACAGAGAGUCAUAGACAGUACGACGCAAUGUCACGCAGCAUAACACCAUUUUGAUUUGCUCCCAGUGGCCCACUGUGUUGAACACACUGUCUCGUCACAUGAAUCGCCUUUAUACUGCAAGAGGGCAUCGCUUCACUUUUCCCUGUGCUCUCCAGUCCAUCAAUUUACUAUUCCCUGUGCUCUCCAGUCCAUCGCUUCACUAUUCCCUGUGCUCUCCAGUCCAUCGCUUCACUAUUCCCUGUGCUCUCCAGUCCAUCGCUUCACUAUUCCCUGUGCUCUCCAGUCCAUCACUUCACUAUUCCCUGUGCUCUCCAGUCCAUCGCUUCACUAUUCCCUGUGCUCUCCAGUCCUUUCAGUUCACUAUUCCCUGUGCUCUGAAGUCCAUCUGUACAACUCUCAUUUGUCAGUGUGCUACGGCAUCGCCUUAACGUGACCCACUAUCCGCAGUCACACACAGGCAUGCAACCACACACACAGGCGCACACACACAUUCUCUGAUGCGCACAGACGCAUGGUAGCCACACUGCAGAGGAUGACAGACCGAGUUUGGUUGCAUUUGGGAAGGAUUCAGCACAUUCCAGAACACAUGACCACUCAGCACUCACAGUAAAUGCCUUUAUUCACCCUGCAACACAGAGUUGAGUUUUACCCUUGAUGCGAGAUCUGGGUCAAAUUAAUUUGGGACUAAAUGGAGAAAAAAAUAACUAAAAUGUUGAGGGUUUGCUUAUAACAGUCCAGUGAAAAAAUAUCUUAUUUUAAUUUUCCUGUGCAAAAUGUUUUAUAGUGCUUUCCUUUACACUCCAUGAUGAAUACAACCCUUGUAGUGGAAUCUAGGCCAUCCUAGUCGAGUUUUGAUAUGUGGAGCAAAGCUGUACUCACUCAGUGUGUUCAUUCAACUUGAUUUAUUUGAUGUACCAUGUCGCAAAUGUAUCAAUGUAGCAUGUAAUGUUACUCAUUUACCAUCAGGAACUUGGAUAUUUUAUAUGUUGCUGUAGGCAUCUCGAGGGGUGUGCCAUUCAUUUGUCAAGAAUGCCUAAAACCGGGCCAAUCUUGAGAAAAGGUUGGAGGCGUUUCAGUUUGUCAGGUUAAUUUGUAUCGGUCACAUCCAGUCUAAAACCAGGACCUUCAAUCUGAUAGGACCUUUUCAGUAUUUGAAUUGAAUAUCCUAUUUAGUUGAUUCCAUUCAUGUCUAAAUUGCUUUCAAGACGUCUCCAUGCAUCACCAGUCAAACUCCAUGUCAUUUCCCCAGUCUCACAUGCUCUCACGCAGGCUAUGAGUUGCAUAGCCCAGGCCAGGCAUUUUUAGAGUGAGUGUAGUGAAACGGUAAAGCAGAUUGAUUCGGUUGCACCAGUGAGGGUCUUUGGCCUGGGCUGUACUGUACCUGAUGUCUGUUUUCAGAAUGCCUUCACAUAAGACUAUAGUGUGUCCAUUAAGCUAGCAGACCACAAAAGGAGAAAGCUUUAAUGAUAGACAGCCACUGUACUGAUGUUCUUAAGAAGCCAAUACCCCACAUUCAAGAAAUAUGAGGUAUAUUUGCCCUGUUAGAAGUCUCUCUGUUACACAGGAUAUGCUGUUAAAAACAAUUUAUUUUCUUACCAGUAUGGGGCCUAUACAAAGAUUGCAUGACAAUAUUUUAUUGGUAUAAUUAUAGAUCUACAACUAAUGCACAUGCUAGGCCUAUUAAUUUAGUAGCCCAUGAUCUCAAUGGGGCCUGGCCGAUCCGUCAUAUGACUUUUAGAAUGUGUUAUGUUUGGUGGCAUAAACACAACAAGUCAUGUUAAAGUACAUAAAACGCUUGUCUUUCCCACGCAUAUUUGACCAUAUCUAAAAAUAAUUCCAGCAUCUGAACACUGCAGUAUGACGCCCAACUCCGAUGAGUGGAAAGAGACAUCUGUUAAAAAGGACCACAGGACUUGUUGCCUGAA